GAAAACCGUCCAGGUCACAUACGAGGAGGGCAUGACAGUGGGCAGCGAGAUCGCAGGAUUCAGGUUCGACGUGUCCGAUCCACUGGCGCCCUUCACUGUCACCGGCUUCUCCAAGAAGGGCCCGGCCCAGACCGCCGGCGUGAUGGUUGGCUGGUUCUUGGACGUGGGCGCGCUGCUUCGCGAGGAGCAGUUCAUCAGCCUCGAGGGUGAGGACUUUGGCCCUCUGCCGACGACACUGGCGGAUGUCGCUCAGAACAUGGAGGGCUUCCAAAAGCGGUUGGAGGCCUUGCGCGGCUGCUCUGAGGUGACCCUAACCUUUAUGAAUGGCCUGGACUUCCAGUUGCUCCCUCAGUGCCGGGUGAAAUACGAAGAGGAAGUGGGCAGCGAGAUAUCUGGCCUCACCGAGAAAGGCGGCGUCGUGACCAUCGACGGCUUUUCGAACGCUGGCGGGGAGGGGGGGUAA